CUGUGACGAGUUAUCUUGCUGAGACACACACCGGGAGACACUGGCUGCUAGAUGGUGCUGAAGGUUGUGGUGACGUGUGUGGUGGUGCUCGGUGUGGUGGUGACUCCAGUCAUCACCAGCGAGGACCCCAUAUCACAGCCUCGGGACUGGCCAUGUCCCGAUGCUAACGAUUUCUAUCCAUGUCUGUGUAUCUACGAUGAACUUGACCACACUCUGAGCAUAGACUGCUCUUUAGUUGAAACCAAUGAAGAAUUAGCUCAAGCAUUUGAGAAUGUAGUGUUUCCCUUCACAUAUUUAAAGGAAUUUAAAUUAGAACAAGACGCAAAUCCCAACGUCUCACUAGACACAGUCGGCCUCAACACCUUCCAGGAUUUAACAUUUGAGCGAAUCAUUAUCAGCGGUACCAAGAUAGAAAUUAUAUUUGAGGAGGACUUUUACGGCUCCCACGAGACUCUCACAUACUUAAACCUCCAAAACAAUAAGAUAAAACACUUUCCUUUUAUUAGCGUUCAACUCUAUCCAUCGCUUCAGACGCUGAUACUUGAUGAUAAUCAGAUCCCAUCGCUGCCAGAAAUCCAGUCUGACUCACUGGAAAUUCUCAGCAUCAAUGGCAAUGGAGGAAUACAACUCGAUGACUUCCUUGGUCCACCAGCGUUACAGGAAAUAUAUUUGGCACGAAAUCAAAUCGAACUCCUCCAAGUUAAUUUCUUUUGGAAUUUACAAAAUCUUACUCUAGUAGAUCUGCAGAGAAAUGAGAUUUCUAUUUUGGAUGAAUACACUAUCGCCUCCCAGAGCAACGCCUUAGCCUCCAUUAAUCUGGACCACAACAAAAUCUCAAGUAUCCGCCACGACGCUUUUCACGGGUUGCUUCCUGAUGCUGUAGUCUCAAUGAGGAACAACACAGUAGUUGAACUGGACGAGGACUCGUGGAGUCACCUAUUUACUCAACUUGUACCUACGGGAACUCUUGACCUAGCAGAUAACCCUCUGAACUGUGGCUGCGACAUGGACUGGAUAAUGUUCUCUCCUAACCAAAUAGAUCUCAGAAUUUUCCCUGACACGACCACCUGUAGCAGUGGUAAUCAAAUCGUCGACCUUGACGUCCAGUUUUUCUGUGAUCGGUGUCUUCCCAAUAACUGCUCGACGCUGUAUCCUGCAGGCAAUGUACCCCAGAGGACCUAAUAUUGGUACUUGAUCAGUCGUCUUCAGUAUAAAGUGACUUUAACCAAACCUUGACCUGCCAUCUUCAGUAUGUUGUGAAUGGUUAACAUUCUAAGAGCCUAUACACGUAGUUUGAUUUAUUUGUAGUAUAGUUUUUUCCGUGUUAAUAUCUGCCUAUAUUGUCAACAUUUUUAAUUACUGUAAGGCAUGGAUGGGUUUUAUUCUGUGGUGUGUUAUAAGUGAGGCUGGGUAUAAGAAGAGUUGUGUGCUGUGACGAGUUAUCUUGCUGAGACACACCGGGAGACACUGGCUGCUAGAUGGUGCUGAAGGUUGUGGUGACGUGUGUGGUGGUGCUCGGUGUGGUGGUGACUCCAGUCAUCACCAGCGAGGACCCCAGAUCACAGCCUCGGGACUGGCCAUGUCCCGAUGCUAACGAUUUCUAUCCAUGUCUGUGUAUCUACGAUGAACUUGACCACACUCUGAGCAUAGACUGCUCUUUAGUUGAAACCAAUGAAGAAUUAGCUCAAGCAUUUGAGAA